UCUUUAAAAGACCAAACAUAACCAAUAAUUUUCCAAUGUUAAUGAAUUUGUGAAAAUAGGCUUAAAACUUUAAACAACAAAAUGGAAGUCAUUGUAGCAAAUGUUGAACAUAUAAAAUUUGAUAUAGAAGUAGCUCUCGAUGAGCAAUUUGGAGCAUUACCGCUUCCAUUUCCUGGAAUGGAUAAGUCUACUGCUGCUGUAUGCCAGUUCUACACCUCAAUGAUGGGGUGCCAGAAAGGUCCACAGUGCCCAUUCCGACAUGUUCGUGGAGAUAGAACAAUUGUAUGUAAACAUUGGUUGCGAGGGCUUUGCAAAAAAGGAGACCAGUGUGAAUUCUUACAUGAAUAUGACAUGACGAAAAUGCCAGAGUGCUACUUCUACUCAAGAUUUAAUGCAUGCCACAAUAAAGAAUGUCCCUUUCUUCAUAUAGAUCCAGAAAGUAAAAUUAAAGAUUGUCCAUGGUAUGAUCGUGGCUUUUGCAGACAUGGACCACAUUGUCGUCACAGACAUGUAAGGAGAGUCCUUUGUACAAAUUAUUUGGCGGGAUUCUGUCCAGAUGGUGCUCAGUGUAAAUACAUGCAUCCAAGAUUUGAACUUCCGGCACCUCCAGAUCAAAACGUUAAGGAUCAGAAAAAGGCUCCAGUUAUUAUUUGUCAUUUUUGUGGUGAACAUGGACAUAAAGCAAUACAUUGUAAUAAGAUUGCAGACACAGGUGGUAAAGACACACAAGAUGAAAAUAAUAGAAAACAAUAUGGAAAUGACAAUCAAUUUGAACAACAAAAUGCAUUUUUGCAAAAGAUGAUUCCAAAGAAAAUCAAAGAUGUUGUGUGCUUUAAAUGUGGUACUAAAGGACAUUAUGCAAAUAGGUGUCCAAAAGGUCAUUUAGCGUUUUUGUCACAGUCUAAAGUAAAUGCUGAUAAUCAAGGUGAAAAUUAAUUAAAAGUAUUCAGUUUUAAAAUAAACAGCAACUGUCAAUGAUAUUUAUUCAGGUUCAUUAACUAUUAAUUACUUAUUUUUAGCUUUCACUUAUUGGUUUUUGUGUAUUGAAUUAUAAUUAUUAUAUUAUUCAUUUAUUAUUUAAUACAGUGUAAUUGUUAACUAUGUUUAAUAGAUAAUUUUAUACAAAAUUUUAUUGCAUUAUUGCUUUAAAUGCAUCCCUUAUCUAUAAUUCUAGAUUGUUAUAUAGAAAUGCAAAUAACAUUACACUGUGUACAGAAAGAAAGGAAAAUAUUUUUUAAAUAUAUUAGAAAACUUACUAAUAGUCAGUAAGUUUGUAGUUAGUCAUUUUAUUUACUUGCAAGCCAAAUUGAAAAUUGUGGGGUCUCAUAUUCCAGGUGGAUGUGAAAGGAAAGUUUUUGAAAAAGAUUCCAUAAAUGUGAAUUAUUUUAUUUCUCUGAAUUAAUAUCUAAUAUAUUGUGUCCAGAUAUGCAUGUGAUUGUUUGUUUUUUAUUUUUAUAAAUGCAGAACGCAAACCUUCCGUUUAUAAAUCAAAAUUUAUACAUUUACAUUGAAUAUAAAGAUAUAAACUCCUUUCUGGACUGAGCACAUAGAGAUCUAAGUAGAUACACGUUAUUAAAAAUGUAUAAUAUUGCAUUUUUUAUGUGUUAAUUAUCUACUACCCCACAGAGAUUGAAGCAGCUGUGAGAUGAAUUUAAUUAAAAUCAAAUAGCUAUUUAUGAUCAUAAUUUCAUUACCUGUUAAUUCACUAGAUGUAAAAUUAAUAAACAUUAAGGAAAUGAGGCAGUUUUGAUAUAUUUUUUAUUUUAAUUAUCUCGGAUAUGAGACGGUCUACGUUAAAAAAAUGUGUCAAUUUUACUUCAGUUGAUAAGGAAAUUUAUGUUUUCAAUAACAAAUAUUAUAUCGUUGGUGCCGUCCAUUUUAUAAAUUUCAGAAAAAUAUUUUUCUUUAACGAUACAAACUGGUGUAAAGAAAGAAUGAAAGAAAAAAAUUAAACCAAGUUUGUAUUUACCAUUUAUAAAUUUCCUUAUCUUUUAGUUUAUGUUUUAUAGAGUUAGAAAAGUAUGUACAAAAUAUUAAUAAAAUUUUAUUUUUUGAA